AUGAAGUACCUGGUGGUUGUAGUCCGGUCUCUGUCUCUGACUGGAGGAGGCUGUGUCUCAGUAGAUCCAGACCUUCUGAUUGAGAUCCACAACACCAACAACUUGUCCGGAGGCCCUAGCGGGGACACUUCUGUCUCCAAGAAUGAACCUGCGAGAUACAAAGUCCAGAGCUGCAAACAACUCAAAGACAAAUACAACAUCAAGGAUGAUGGGAUAUACUACCUGACCACGGCUAGCGGGACUGAGUACCAGACCUUCUGUGACAUGACCACGGCGGGCGGCGGCUGGACACUUGUGGCAAGCGUGCACGAGAACAACAUGUUUGGGAAGUGCACGGCUGGCGACCGCUGGACCAGUCAGCAGGGGAAUAACAUCAACUACCCAGGAGGAGACGGGACCUGGGAGAACACUGCCACCUUUGGGACAGCAGAGGGCGCCACCUCUGACGACUUCAAGAACCCAGGGUAUUAUGACAUCAUGGCGGAGGACAUGUCUGUGUGGCAUGUUCCUAACAGAGCUCAGCUGCAGACCUGGAGAAUCACCUCUAUCCUCCGUUACCACACUGAAGCCAAGUUCCUAGCCCAGUACGGAGGAAACCUCCAUGGACUGUUCAAGCGUUAUACAGUGAGGUAUGGAGUAGGAAAUUGCAACGACAAGGGACCUUCUAUUCCAGUGGAUGAUAUGGGAACUAAGGACACCACCAAAAUGUUCUAUGGUCCUACGCCCAGAGGUGAGUUUGAGCCUGGCUUCAUCACUUUCCGAGCGAUAAACACUGAACGUGCAGCCUUGGCCAUCUGCUCUGGGGUCAAACCCACUGGCUGCAACAAUGAACACCAUCAGUUGGGGCUUAGUGUCUUCCUCCCCCCUGUGACUUAA